UAGUUGGAUGCUAUGAUGCUACAUAGAACAUGAUGGGAUUGCUUACACUGUAUACUGCCUUCCCCGUUCGUUGUCAUCGUCAACUAAACCCCUGCAACCACCUUCUAAAACCCUACUGUUUCAGUCAAUCACAAUCGGCCGCCAUGAAAUCCCCCCUCGAAGAAUCCGACGUAGGCAUCUCUUGCUACAUCUCCCCUCUCCCUGGUUUUCGUGGCAUUCUCAAGCAAAGGUACUCUGAGUUUAUAGUCAAUGAAGUGGAUUUGGAUGGAAAUGUUGUUAUCAUCUAA